UUACUUUACGUCCGAAUGUACCACUCCGCCAACACACCGGGAAGGAUUUUGUUGUGACAGCGGUACAGCGACCCGGUGGGGAGACGGUAAUAACAUAGGAUUUUUUUUUCAUCUUGGAUCAGCUAUGGCUUUCAGCAAAGGAUACCGUAUUUACCACAAGCUGGAUCCACCACCUUACAGUGUCAUAGUGGAAACGAGGGCGAGGGAAGAAUGCCUCAUGUUUGAAUCAGGAGCUGUUGCCGUUUUGUCGGCGGCGGAAAAGGAUGCCAUUAAAAGUACUUAUACCAGGAUCUUUGAUGCGUAUGGAAUCCUUGGUGUUCUCCGGCUAAACCUGGGGGACUCCAUGCUGCACAGUCUCGUGGUUGUGACAGGAUGCAGCUCUGUGGGGAAGGUGCAGGAUUCAGAGGUCUUCAGGGUCACGCAGACAGACUUUAUAUCUCUGAAGAACGAUCCAGGUGAUGAGGACCGGAUUUCCGAGGUGCGCAAGGUCCUAAACUCAGGACACUUCUACUUUGCCUGGUCUGCUACUGGAAUCAGCAUGGAUCUAAGUCUCAAUGCGCAUCGCAGGAUCCUAGAAGACACUACAGACAACCGCUUCUUUUGGAACCAGUCUCUGCACUUGCACCUCAAACACUAUGGAGUAAACUGUGAUGACUGGCUGCUGAGGCUGAUGUGUGGCGGCGUAGAGAUCAGGACCAUCUAUGCCGGCCACAAACAGGCCAAGGCUUGCAUCUUCUCUCGCCUCAGCUCGGAGCGAGCCGGCACGAGAUUUAAUGUGCGAGGAACCAACGAUGACGGACAGGUGGCCAACUUUGUGGAGACUGAACAGGUUGUCUUCCUAGAUGAUAAAAUCUCAUCGUUCAUCCAGAUCCGAGGAUCCAUUCCUCUUUUCUGGGAACAGCCAGGAAUCCAGGUGGGGUCCCAUCGUGUCAAACUCUCAAGGGGAUUUGAGGCAAAUGCACCAGCUUUUGAAAGACACUUCACUGCACUGCGAAGUUUGUAUGGGAAACAGGUGAUCAUCAACUUGCUUGGAAGCAAAGAAGGGGAACAUAUGCUCAGCAAAGCAUUUCAGAAUCACCUGAAGGCUUCAGAACAUGCCACAGCAGUGAGAAUGGUUAACUUUGACUAUCAUCAAAAUGUGAGGGGUGGCAAGACUGAUAAACUCAGCAGUGUUCUGAAACCACAGCUGAGUAAAUUCAUAGACGAGUGCGGGUUCUUCUACUACUCCGGUGAAAAAGGCAUUGUAAGGACUCAGGGAGGGACCAUCAGGAGUAACUGCCUGGACUGUUUGGAUAGAACCAACAGUGUUCAAGCCUUCUUUGCACUUGAGAUGUUGCCCAGACAGUUAGAACAAAUGGGUCUGACAGAGAAACCACAGCUGGUGGCCCGGUUCCAGGAGGUUUUCAGGACCAUGUGGUCUGCUAACGGAGACUCCGUCAGUAAGAUUUAUGCAGGAACUGGAGCUCUGGAUGGGAAGGCCAAGGCUGGAAAGCUCAAAGAUGGCGCUCGCUCUGUGACACGGACCAUCCAGAACAACUUCUUCGACAGCUCCAAGCAGGAGGCGAUAGACAUCUUGAGGCUGGGAUCCACGCUUAACAGUGAUUUAGCAGACAAAGCGCGAGCCUUGCUCACCACUUCCAGUCUUUACGUCACUGAGCCUGUCUUACAAUCAGCCUCUCCAAGAGUGUUGCUAGGAAUGUGUCAGAGUCACCAUAAAUACACAAAGCCCAAGCAAAUCCGGGUCUGUGUCGGGACCUGGAACGUCAACGGGGGCAAGCAGUUUCGCAGCAUCGCAUUUCGCAACCAGACACUGAACGACUGGCUGCUGGAUGCUCCAAAAAAGGCAGGACAUCCCGAGUUCCAGGACAGCAAAGCCAACCCCAUAGAUAUCUUUGCCAUCGGCUUUGAAGAAAUGGUUGAACUGAAUGCUGGGAACAUUGUCAGUGCCAGCACUACUAACCAGAAACUGUGGGCUGCUGAGCUCCAGAAAAACAUUUCAAGGGACCACAAGUAUGUGCUGCUUGCUUCUGAGCAGCUGGUGGGAGUGUGCCUGUUUGUUUUCAUCCGUCCUCAGCACGCACCCUUCAUCAGGGAUGUUGCUGUAGAUACAGUGAAAACCGGAAUGGGCGGGGCCACCGGUAAUAAGGGAGGUGUCGCCAUCCGCCUGCUGUUCCACACCACCAGCAUCUGCUUCGUCUGCUCCCACUUCGCUGCCGGCCAGUCUCAGGUUAAAGAGAGGAAUGACGACUACAAUGAGAUCACUCGCAGACUCAGUUUCCCGAUGGGUCGUCUGCUGUAUUCACACGAUUACGUGUUCUGGUGCGGAGACUUCAACUACCGAAUCAACCUGCCCAACGAGGAAGUGAAGGAGCUCAUCAAGCAGCAGAACUGGGAUGCUUUAACAGCUGGUGAUCAGUUGUUGGAACAGAAGAACACAGGAAUGGUCUUCCGAGGUUUCAUUGAGGGAAACCUGGAUUUUGCCCCCACCUACAAGUAUGACCUCUUCUCAGAAGAUUAUGACACAAGCGAGAAGUGUCGCACACCAGCAUGGACUGACCGCAUACUUUGGAAAAGGAGAAAGUGGAACUUUAACAGAACAGCUGAGGAGAUGAACAUUGUAGGUGCAGCCUCUACAUCUGGAGAUGCUGAGGAUAAUCCAGACCUGACCUGGAGCCCUGGGACUUUAAAGUACUAUGGCAGGGCUGAGCUCAAGACCUCAGAUCACAGGCCUGUGGUAGCAAUAAUAGAUGUGGACAUCCUGGAGGUGGACCCUGAGGAACGACACCAGGUCUACAAAGACGUUAUUGCCCUGCAGGGGCCUCCAGAUGGCACCAUCUUGGUGUCCCUCUGCUCCUCAGGGCCUGAUGACUAUUUUAGUGAUGAACUCAUUGAUGAGCUGCUUGAUAAGUUUGCUAAUUUUGGAGAAGUCAUCCUCAUCAGGUUUGUUGAGGAGAAAAUGUGGGUGACCUUCUUGGAAGGUUACUCUGCUCUGGCUGCGCUCUCUCUCAGUGGUUCCACUGUUCUGGACAAGGUGAUUGACAUCCGCCUGAGGAGUCCAGGGUGGAUCAAGAGUCUGGAGGAGGAAAUGAGUGUGGAAAGGAUCUGCGGCAGCAUUCCCACUUCAGCCAGUUCGACCUUGCUUGCUGAAGACGUGGACGUGGGUGAUGAAGAUUAUGAUAUGGAAGGUGACGUGGAUGAUGAGGUGGAAGACAUCCUUCCCCAGCACCUGCAGCCUGGAGCAGGCUCUUCUUUUGGAUCCUCACCUCUGCCGUCCCCACGCGGUAGUCCCUGUCCCUCUCCUACUCAUGGAGAACCCGCUGCUCCCAAUAGACCAAGUCGUGGACAACAACCCCCUCGACCAUCACAAGGGCCUCCUGUAGACUUCCAGCCUGGUGCUCCCACAGGUCCUGGCCUGGAGCCCAAGCGGCCUCCUCCACCACGGCCCAACGCUCCUCCAGCCAGACCAGCUCCACCUCAACGACCACCACCACCUUCAGGUGGCAUGAGCCCUCAGCCUGUUAGAAAGUACUCUGGAGACAGUGGCAAAUGUCCCAGCCCACUGCUCGGUAGGAGAGGCAGUGAAGGACCAAAGAGCCCUGCUCUUCCUCGGCCAGAUGCUCCUGCAGGUCGAGGACAGGCAGGAGCUCCAGGACCUGGAGGAGCUUCCAGACCAAAUAUUCCUCCUCGAGCUGGAGUGAUCAGCAUGCCCCCUCAGUCUCGCCCGCAGCCUCCAUCUCACCCGGGUGCACCAAGGCCCACUCCUGAUGUGCAUCCCGGGGCCCCUCGGCCUAUCCCGGACACUCAUCCUGGAGCCCCACGGCCGGUGCCCAGUGCACAAGUUAAACCACCAGACCUUCCCCUGGGUCCCCCACCAUCUGGACCCCCGCCCACAACAAAAGCCCAGACUCAGUCACCCAUGCAGCCUCAGCCAGCUCCCCCAUCUGCUCAGUCGCAGCUGCCACCACCGAUGCAGCCCUCACUUCCUGCUCCUCUGCAACCACAACAAGCAGCGCCGCCUGCUGCAUCUACCCCACCUGCUGCAGCUCCACCCACCGCAGCGUCUCCUGGCCUUCAGCAGGGCCUAUCCUCUCCUAAACCUCCACCACGCUCCCGAUCUUCUCAUGCUUUGCCACCUGAUGCUGCCAAGGCUGACUCUGCCCCAGCUGCACAGACCAACGGACUAAAUGGAUUCCAAAGAGAAGCACAAUGGAAGCCUGAUCCCUUUGACUCUCUUACAUUCAACAUGUUCUCCUCUUCAUCAUCAUCCCAGCACACCACCCAGUCCCUAAACAGAGGCUCCUCUCUGCGCCCUCCGCCGUCUCUUCCUCCAUCUGUAUAUUCCUCCUCCACUCUCCCCUCGUCCAUGUCCUUCCAGUCCUCCGCUUUGUCAGACCUUCAAUCCCUGAGCUCAUCCUCCUCAUCCUCAUUCUCUACCCCGUCACCGUCAGCCACCCUGCUGCUCCCGCCUCCCCCGUCUCGCAGCCGCUCCCAGGAGUUCCUGCGUGCUUCCCCGAACGUUUUCCAGUCUGAGCCGCUCCCUGCCCGACCCAGCAGCACCAAUCCCUUCACAGGCCCCCUGGUCCAGCAGCCGCUGCCGCGUCGUUCCCUCACCCCAGAAUUCAGCCUCCAGCAUCCAACCCAAACGGCUGACUUUCAGAGGACCCCAUCUGCUUUUUCUCAGCCACUCAUCCCCACCCUUGCAGCCGCACCGUCCUCCCAGCACAGUCGGACCGUGUCUUUGUUCGGACCGUCAUCCAGUCCCACUCCUACUCAAGCUUCUCUGCUUCCUCUUGAUCCGUCUCCUGCCCUCACUUUACCGCUGGCGCCGCCCUCUUCCCUCCCUCCCACUCUCGCGCCUUGGAGCCAGCCCCCACUUCCCUCAAGAGGGAACCAACAGAAGCAGUGGGUCACUUUUGAUGAUGAUUCGAAGUUUUCCACAACAACCAAAACACAACAGAACCCCAUGUUCUUGUCCAGUUCCCUUGUGCCCCAGAGUCAAACUCAGUCAACCCGCUCUGUGUUCGACUCCGAGCCUGAGUGGUUAUCCACUCACGUCCCAAACAGAACUGUAACCGGUAACCUGAACCCCCCACAGGGUCCCACCAACAAUGGCUUUUUUCCUAGGUAGUCAGCAGUAAAAAAAAAACAAAAAAAAAAACCUAAUGUCACCCCUCAGAUGCAAGGGGUUUAUCCAUAUAUGUAUAGAUAAAUGAGUAAAUGUGUUUAUGUAAAAAGAAGAGACAAUAUUUAAGAAUUAUAGACCAAACCCUUCAAUUACAGGAAAGAGUUUAUAUCUCAAAGCAGUAUCAUGAGAAAUGUUUGAGCCCAGCUGCGUGUUUUAACUUUUAAGCUUCUCUGAUAUUAAAGGGACAGUAUUAUGUAAAAUUUACUUUUUGAGCUUUAUAUCAUGUUAUAAUGCUAUUUUCUCAUCAAAGACAUAUCUGGCGUGUUGCUUUGACCUUUUCAUGCAUGUUUGAGAAAUCCAUUAAUCUCCCAUGGCAACCAUUCAAACUGUCCAUGACGCUUGCUGUCACUCAGCGUUAUCUUUUCCGCGCAGAUCAGUCUUCAAGCCCAGCCUCCACUUCACAGUGCACCUCUCUCCCACACCUUUUCCACUCAGCUCCUUCUGACUAGCGUUAGCAGCAAUUAGCAAACACCUGGCGGAUCGGUGCAUGUGCUGGCUUAUUAUAUGAGCUGUUUCUCAGUGAAACACUGGUAAAAAAAAAAAAAAAGUUGUUAAAGACUUAAUUGAGUUGUUGUGAUGAAGGUGGAGUGUCUCUUCCUAAAGAGACAGAGGCCCAAAUUCCAGGGCAUUAAAUUCUUAAGUCAAAUUAUGUUUGAUAAAUACACCAUUUUUAUAACAACUGAAGGUAGCGUACUUACUUCAUUGUGCUAUUGUGCUAGAAAACGGCACUUUGUGCCUGAAAAACACAUAAUACUGCCCCUUUAACAUUUGAUUUACUCUUACUUGCUAUGUAUGUUUUAACUAACAGCAGCAAACACGUGCCUGUGUCUACAGUAUGUUGUCCUAUAAAGUAUAUCUAUAUACACAAGUCAUGCGUUUACACCUGUGCAAUAUCAAAGCAUACCUGUGUGGCUGCGCUGAUGUUUCAUAUAAAUAUGUGUGGCUUUGCAGAAGACUCUGCGGUUCCCAACCACCAUUUUGACUAAUCUGAGCUCUCAGAGCAACAGUUGGUCGCUCUCUGUCUCUUUGUCAUCUGGUUGCAGGAUGAGCACUGCAGGGUUCUGGGUCCUUGUUUUUGUUUCCUGGAACUGACAGCUUCACACUUAGUCGCUUUAAUUUGUGAAUGUAAUUUCAUUUGCACUGGAUUUGUUGACUCCACGGUGUGGGGAAAAAGCAAGAGCACAAGCCAUUGUGUCAGUUUAACCGGACUGCCGCAGGACUGAUAUUCUAUAAUAUCACAACAUUCUCUUGAAAAUUUCUCAUUUAGUUUUCCGUUGGCAUUCCUUAUCUUUAAGACUAUAUACAUUGCAAAAAGUCUUGUUUAGCUCAGCAUCCAAACUUCUACAUCGCAAAAUCUUGUAUAAAUGUACGUAUGAUUUUAAAAAGAAUUUGCUGGAUGUGUGAGUGUGUUUGCAAGAACCAAGCCAGAGGUUUUGCUUGAUGAUACGAAUAUGCACUGAGAUGCUGUAUGCACUCUCCCGGUCAUGCAGGUUCUAACACAAGAGAGCAUUCUAGUUUGAUUCCUCCUUUUGUUUUUUUUUGUUGUUUUUUUUAUCCAAGGUAUCAAUCUAUACUAUUAGAAACUAUAACAAUGUUGCGUGAUAGUGUGUGUACUUGUAUUUAAAGUACAAUGACAACAUUCUCUGGAUCUGCAAGGGUUAUAACCAGACAGCACUUUUUUGUUUACUUUGAGUCAUUUAUUAUCAUUUCUAGUACCAGCUACUCUAAAUAAUUAUUGUUACCGUGGUGAGAAGUGAUGUGCUGUAUUUGAGGUGCAUAUCGUCUGUUGUGCUCUUUUUUUUUUUUUUUUGGUUUUUUUUUUUUGGGUGUGAGCUUGUAUAAAGAUUGAAGAGUGGGAACCAUCAUAUUUUGUUACAGACUCAAAGCUUAAAGCCAAUAUUCACUCACCUAUGCCUGCAACUAUAUUUUUCCUUUAACCUGUCAGUUGCUGAUUAAAGGCAAUAAUGUAAAUUAAAGUAAAGGACUUUUUUCUUUAUCAAAUAAAAACUCUCACAUAGCACUUUCUCUUGGUCAGAUGAGAACAUUUCCAGCUGAUCGUGGCUCUAAUAGAAUAUAUUUUAGUUAUCUGGCCAUGAGUGGUCAUUAUUUAUUAUAAUUAGUAGCAAUGGGACUCUCGCAUUGUUUUUGUGAGACAGCAGUUGCUACAAAAUGAUUUCAGAGGAAAAAUUUUAGGUCAUCCAUAGCAUCCUACAUUGGUCCAUGUUUCCUAGAGAAUGUGAGUCCGUACCUUAACUCUGAAAUUUCUAAGUAGAUGCAAGCAUUUCCGAAUUCAGCAUAAUUUAUAACAGACAAAAGUGAAAAGCUAAAGAGAGAUAAACAUCACGGUACUCUGCCGAGCCUUCCUGUUAAUUCUGAAAAGUCUUGUUCUCUAUAGACUUUUGUUGGCAUUGCAAGAAAGGUUUCCUUUUUAACAGCUUCUUACAUCUCUGUUUCCUUUGACUUUAUUUUAAACACCUCACUUAUUCUAAAACUCGCUAUAUCUGGAAGUCUUCUUCACUUAGCAACAGUAUGCACACCUAAGAGUGUUGUCAGUGCCACCUCCUGUCUCCUGUGUAUUUUGCAUUAACGGAAGUGGAAAAAAUACUUUUUGCCCAUCUGUGCUUUUUUGUUUCCAGUCAGCUGAAAAAUUUUUGGGUUCUGCUCAUCGGCCCAUUUCUUGUUGCACCUCUAAUUACAAGUUGCACAAAGUAUUUAAUAUUCCACAUUUAAUGUCUGAACAUGACCGUUUCCAGCUGUUGAGAGGUUGUUUGUUUUAUAGUCUUACAGAAUUUUAAUUCAUUUUUAGGUGUGUUUCAGUACUUUGUCUUGUACUUCCUGAUUCACUCAUUAAAUACUUGUUUGGGUGAGCUGAAGGAUCAGUAAUGGGCAGUAUCCAUCCUAACAUGACACACCAAAUAUUGUCUAGACAUAUAACAUGUCCCCCUUUUCACAUAGAAAUUAAAUAAAUGGAUAAAUGUCUAAGAAGAAUUUUUGAGAGAAAAAAAAUAUAAACUGAAGAUCAUGUCUGUUAGGUUUUGCUUCUAUGCUUUUGUCACAUGUAAAUACGCAAAGUAAGUCUCAUUCUCUGUAUUUAAAAUCUAUAUGUAAGCAAGAGUAUCAGGCACCAAUUGCUUACACGCCAUCUCUGAAAUAUAUCUGUUGUUAUCUCAAUGUGUGCAGUAGAUACUGUAUCAACAGUCGAUCACUAGCCAGUGCUUUACAUCAUGUCACGGUUCAGAUUCAAGAUUUCUUUUAGGUAACAAAUUACUCCCUUUGUGAGGUCGAUUUCCCUUUUUAUGGCUAUAAUCCAUAGUAAAUAAGAGUCCGUGUUGUGAAACAAACAUAUUCUGUAUGUAUUAAAGUGAGUACAUGAAGCUGUAAUUCAUGUUAAUAUCCAUUGUUCCAUAGUUUACGUGCAAAGCAGAUGGCACAUUAAUGUAUGAAACAGUUUGUGUUGUAUGUGUGCUAAAAUAAAUGUACAUUGACAUGUA